AUGCCCAAGAUCAAUCACGUCGUUAUUGCAGGCUGUGGUCCUUCGGGGCUACUCCUGGGAACGAUGCUCGCCCGCAACCUGGCCAUCAAGGUUACUAUUCUCGACGCGAACACUGAGAUCGACAAGAACCCGCGCGCCGCCCACUAUGCGCCAUCCGCUAUGUUCGACUUCAAGCGCGCCGGCAUACUCGACGAGGUGCGGGAGAAGGGCCUUUCGCCCAGGGGCGUAUGCUGGCGACUGGACGACACCACCUUCCUUGCGGGUCUGGCUCGCGAGCCCGAAGAUAGCGAGUACGCCAUGCGCGUGCUUCCUCUGGAUCAACUUGGCCCGCUCAUUGUGAGGCACUUCGAGAGCUAUCCCAAUACCGAGAUACUAUGGGGACACAAAGUGGUUGGCGUCAAGCAGGACGAGAAUGGCGCAACCGCCAUUGUGGAAACUGCGGAUGGCGAGAAAAAGGACAUCACUGGGGACUAUCUCGUAGGUGCAGACGGUGCAUCAAGUGGUGUACGGACUGCUUUGUUCGGAAAGGAGUAUCCCGGCGAAACCCUCCCACAGCAGAUUGUGGCUACGAACGUCUACCUACCAUUUGACGAGAAGUUUGGUUACUGGGACUCCAACUUCAUCGUGCAUCCAACCGACUGGUACAUGGCUGCCAAGAUCACCCACGAUGGCAUAUGGCGAGUGACAUACGGCGACGACGCCAACCUUUCGCGCGACGAACUUGUAAAGCGUCAGCCAUUGCGUUACGAGAAGAUCCUACCGGGCCAUCCAAAACCUCACGAAUACAAGCUAGUCAGCAUGAGUCCGUAUAAGCUGCAGCAGAGAUGCGCGCCAAGCUUCAGAGUCGGCAAGAUACUACUGGUAGCAGAUGCGGCUCACUUGUGCAACCCAUUUGGUGGCCUCGGUUUGACCGGAGGUUUCGCCGAUGUCGGCUCUCUUUUCGACUGUUUUACUGGCAUCCACCAAGACGAACUCGACGAGUCGAUCCUCGACAAAUACAGCGAGAUCCGUAUCAAGAUCUGGCGGGAGAUGAUUGAUCCCAUGUCACGUGCGAAUUUCCACCGUCUGUGGGACCCCGCAUGCGAGAAGGAGAAGGAGGAGUUCUUCAAAUUCUGUGAGCGUGCGGACCAAGACCCUGUGUGGGGCAAGUCAGUCGCUGAAGCUGUUCACGCGGUGCGGCACGAUUUCACGCAAUACUUCAAGAGCAAGCAGAAGGCGCCCAUCGAUGCGAGCGCCGCGAAUGGCGCACCCGCUGUAGAGGCCGCAGCAUGA